AUGCUGGUGCAGGAAAAAGUUGUGCUCUCUGUGUGGGUGCUGAUGAUGGUCUCAAUUACAAUCAUCACCGAUGUGUUUAAAAUACCAUUGGUUCCACUGAGUGCAAUUCUGUACACGAAAAGUGACAUUCGAAGCAAUAAAAUUUACAAGGAAAUUAGAGAGGAUGAAAUGUCACGAAAAUUGAGUCUUAAACCGAAGAUGACUUCAGUGAACGCAUGUGCGCAUAAUGAGACUGAAAAUCAGAACCGCACAAAUCACAAUUUCCUGAUUUUGCGCAAAAAGUUCACAACUAAUGAAGACCUCCAGAUCUUUUUGUCUGCAUCUUGCUCGUAUCUAACCUUUGGGGCGCCAGAUUCAGACUGGGUGCCAAAAUUUGCAACACUAUACUACCCAAAAGAGGGCGAGCAAUUUUUCUCACUAGUUGUGAGAGCAAAUCUGAUUGUGAAUGAAACUAUUGGUGAAUCCAAAAUGACGUGCGGAGAUUGUCAGGAAGAUUUUUGCUACACAGACUCUGCCUUUGAUUUCUUUUCACGUCCUAACAGAGGGUCAUCAAUUCAGUACAGCGAUUCUCUGCCGUUGGAUGACGGGUUUUUCUUUUACUUGCCUGAACUAUUUGAAAAUUGUGAAACUUUUCCCUCUUUCUGCCGAAAGCUAUUUACGUUUGGAGAAAUUGCUUACUACACAAAAGCUCAGGAAAUUAUUAUCGGCAAAGUGGCCGACAGGUUGAACCAGAUAAAACUUUCCUCCAAUUUAUUUUUUGUGUCUUACAUCGGCUCAUCCCUAUUCUCACUUUUGCUUUUGGCCACUUUGUACAAGUCCCCGCUGAAAUUACCGGGCAACCACUGUCUUGUUUUCCACGCAUUAACCAACCUGAUCACCAACUUGUCAUACACUAUAUCGGCGUCUUUACCGCAACAGAAGGAGCAACAAUAUCUGCUAUCACAAAUUACAUUUGGGAAUCUGCCUUUUUUCACAUCCAUUGCAUCUGUUAUUUGGAUAACGCUCUAUAGCUAUGAUUGCUAUAUCGCUUUUAAUGCUAAAGGAAGAAUCACUGAUGAGAUGAAAGUGAGAAUGAUUAAAACGUAUCACAUUAUUGUUUGGACGGCAAUGAUCUUUAUCUGUGGGACCUUCUAUAUUUGUGUAUACAGUGGUCUGAUUACUUAUUACAAUCAAUCCCGCAAGAUUGGAAAACUGCUAAAUUUCAAUGGUCCACGCUGCGCUUUCUACUCAUUAAUAUUCAUCUUGAAUUUCAAAGCGGCGAGCAAAAUUCGUUCCACAAUCGAAUCAACCAGAAUGGCAGCCGCAGCACUUAAUCGAAAAAUGAGCUUGCAAUUGGCGUUCCUGAGACUUGCAAUCACACUGGACCUGUUAAAUGAUGUCUACCAAGUAAGCUUCACCCUUCUCGACGUUUCCAACCCCUUUUUUCUCCAAUUCUCUGUGUACAUUUACAUGUUGGGCGAGCCUAUUUUGUAUUCUGUUUUCUUCUUCGCCCCGAAAAUGCUGAAAUAUUUUCAAAACUCGCAAGCAGCACCGAAAACUUGUGAAAAUCCAGCAGUCGAAAUGGUCACAAAAAUCUAAAAGAGAACAUUCAAAUAACGCUGUGUUCCAAACAGGAUAAAUAGCAUCAUUUUUUGCUAGUUCAAUGGAAGAAUGUAUUUUUUUUUUUAAUAAUAUCCAUACAGCAAAUUUAAAAAUAAAAUUUAGAAGCAGUUAAUAUUAUUAUAUCCAUUUCCUGAUUAUUUUCUUAUUAAAUAAAUUUAUUUCAUUUUGAAAAAAAAAAUCAUUUUAAUUCGUCUAUUCAAGUGUAGUUGCUGCAAAGUGGCUAAAAAAUCUUUCAAACAGGAGAAGGAACAAAUUUGUGAAGUAAAAUACAAAUGGUUUUUAAAUUUUGUAAACUUUUAUUGCUUAUUAGCAGUUGCAUCAUUUCCAUAUUUUUCCUCUCUUUACAAUGUCUUAUUAACAUGUCUUUCACGCGGUCGAUUUACUCACCCACUCUCGGCACAAGCACGUUCAUUCCAAUAAAUACAUUUAACUAGGGAUGAACCGCAUUUCGUUUGCAAAAAAAUAAAGUCGGACACGUUCGUCUUGUGCUCGCGGAAAGCAAACGAGCAUUUUUCCUCCGAAACAAAAUUCGUCGCGCGAUUAUUUAGCCACAGCAGUCCCUAACCAAUAAAAUAUCUUUGGCUUUGAAAAAAUAAUCGUUAUAAUUAUUUUAUUUAUUUAUAGACAAUCGAUUUGUACAUUUUCGUCUCGCAAACUCUUUGCAUAGCCAUCCUUACUUUUGUCAGCCAUCCUUUCUACAAGAGUGAGUAGCAGGUCCGUUUUAAUUCAUAUAAACUCUACACGAUUGCUAUUGAUUUUUAACUGCUGGUGAGGUCACAAAAAUUCUUCGCUUCCCACAUCAUGACGAGCAAGUACAAUUCCAAAAAUUUUCAUACCAGUUGUAAAAAUUGGCCCAUUUUGCAUAGAAUUUAUACAAAAGUGUCCGUUUUUUCUUUCGUUAACUUUUAGUGUUUGAUUGUACUUGGUUUUUUUUUAGAUAAAACGGUUUCAGUAAAUAUAAUCCCUGACUAUUGACUUUUCUUUUACUCCAGUGGGUUUAUUGCA